AUGGGAAACCCUCGUUUCCUAUUGACUCGGUCCCCCAACGGAAGAGGCCUCGCUCCUAUUGGAACUGGCCAACAUCAGAUUUGCCUCACGGUCCCGCGCCUCGCCGCCAAGACGGGCCUUGAGCAGUUGAGGUUCAUUGAGGUUGGCGCCGGCAACCGGUUCGGCGGCGUGGAAAAGCCAGGCCUAGGCCGCUUGCUCCAACGCCUCGGUGACUACACUGGCGCGGAGGUUGCCCUCCGUCGCGCGCUCGAGAUCAGGGAGACUCUUGGCCCUGAGCACUUGUUGGUAGCAAAGUCGCUAUACAACCUCGGGCGGCUGCUGCAGGACAGGGGCGAGCAAGGCGCCGCCAGUGACUUACUCAAACGCUCGUUCAACAUCCGCUUGGCGCGCUUCUAG